CUUUCCUUCUGCCCCUUCUUCCCAUCUCCUGCCCCCUCCCCCUCCCCUCCUCCCAUCUCCAACCCCAGCAGGCUGAGGUUGUCCCCUCUGUGCUCUACACCACUUUUAUUCUCAUCAGACAACUCGCCCGCCCACCCCAUCACGCCCCAAUCGGCCACUGCAUAUUUACGACAAAAACCGCAUCGCAUUAAUCACCAGCAUGUACUACGCCACUGCCAUCCUCUCUCUCCUCGCUCUCGUCGAAGCGGCCGGUCCGCACCACGGGAGCAGCAGGCUCCACCGACGACACCACGCCCGCGCCGCUCUUUCGGGCGGCUCAGUCGCACCUCCCCCUCUGCCCGUCAACCUGCACGUCGAGGCGCCUGCCGAGCGGGACGACGACAGCUGCACGCAUGGUGACUGGAAUUGUGUUGGCAGCGAUCUGCAAAGAUGUGUCUGGGGCGACUGGACUUCCAUCCGCAACUGUACCGGCGACAACAUCGUAUGCUCCACCCAGGACAAUGCGAUCGGCUGCGUCUGGACAUGGAACGUCGACAGCUCAGCCACACCCACUUCCGGCGCCGAGUCUGCCACUGCGUCUCUUGCCACUGUCACUGGUUCCCUCGAAUACAACGCCACCAGUGCGCUGAGCGCCUCAGAAGCGUCUGCGACUGCUUCCCAAAUUGCCAACUCUACAUUGACCUCUCAGGUUGCCAAUUCUACACUGACCGGGGCUAUUGCGGCUGCUAGCCCUACUACGACCGGAUAUGCCUCCAACGUUACUUCUACGAACUCUACGACCACUGAUGAGGAUGAUGAGGAUUGUGAUGAAGACGAAGAGGAGGAUGAGGAUGAGGAGGACGAGGAUGAGGAUUGUGAUAAUGAUGACGAAAACUAUACUUCUACCUCUUCCGUUGUCGCUGCUAGCUCUUCUGUCGCGUCCCAAUCGUCCGCCUCGUCUGAUAUCGGCAACGCUGCUGCAUACGCCACAGCUCAAGCCAGCUCAGGCUCUGUGGACCCCACUGUCUCGAGCUCAAGUGCCACCGCUUCUGCCAGCUCGUCGUCUCAAGAUGAUGGCGACAAUGAAAGUGAUGAAGACGAGGAUGAGAAUGAUUCCACAUGGUCCUCCGCCAAUGUCGCAUCCGAAUCGUCUGCCUCCGUGAGCUCCAGCCCCGCUGCCACAAGCUCGAGUGCUUCAUCUUCUGCUAGCGGAUCGUCCGAAGACGAUGAUGACGAGGGCAGUGACAAUGAUGAGAACGAGGACGAUGAAGAUGACAGUAGUGAUGAUGAUGUUGAUGAAGACUGCGACGAUGAAGACGACGAGGUCUCUUCCUCCAGUGCCUCCACAUCCGCUUUCGCCUCUGUCUCCUCCUCCUUCAGCUCUUCCGUGCCCACUAUCACCGCCUCCGCCACCAGCUCCGCCUCAUUUGCCAACGAAACCGACUCUGCCUCGGUUGCCAACGCCACCGAAACCUCUGCGAUUGGUGACGGGCUUUACGCUCCUGGACAGGAUUCUACCUCAAGCAGUGCGUCCGAGACCGCUUGGGACACUGCCUCCUCUUCCAGUAGUAAGACCCACUGGUGGAACUCUUGGAACACCAAGUCUUCUUCGGCAUCUGAAGCUUCAGCGACUGCCUCUGGCUCAGAGUCUGCUUCUUCCACCGACUCUUGGAGCUCGGACCCUACCGCCUCAUCUUCGAGCAGCGACGCUGACUCUUGGAACUGGUGGGGUUCUUCCUCCAGCAAGACAAAGCAUCACAAGAGCUCCACGACCGACUCUGCGUCUACCGCGAGCGCGUCUCUGUCAAGUUCUGCCGCUACAGCCUCCGCCUCCAGCUCGGCAAGCAGCAACACCAGCUCCAGCAACACUUCUAGCACCACCUGGUCUGCUCCCCACUACGUCAUCUACGCCGACGAGGAUCUGUCCGAAAUGCCCAGCGCGUCCGAUUUGAGCUCGUACAACCGUUUCAUUCUUGCUUUCUGGCAAUACGAUGGUGGUGCUGUCGAUGAUGUGCAGACCUGGGUCGACUUUGACGAGUCUUACCGAAACGAGGUCAUUGAAGAGUACCACAACGCUGGUAUUGCUCUUAUGAUUUCUGCAUUCGGUUCCGAGGAUACACCUACUACCUCUGGCGCGGAUGCCAAGACGGUCGCCCAGGAUCUCGCAGCCUUUGUCAAGGAGUAUAAUCUCGAUGGUGUGGACAUUGACUACGAAGACAUGUCUGCCAUGAACAGCGCCCAGGGUGCCGCCUGGAUCAUUACCCUUCAAACCGAGCUGCGAAGCCUUCUGCCGUCUCCAUACAUCAUUUCGCACGCCCCAGUGGCUCCUUGGUUCACCUCUGCCAGCGAUUACUCUGACGGGGCAUAUGUCACGGUCCACCAAAGCGUCGGAGACACCAUCGACUUUUACAGCGUCCAAUACUACAACCAAGGCGAUGACCAAUACGUCUCUUGUGACACUUUGAUCACCAACUCUGGCAGUGAAUGGCCUUCUACCUCUGUGUUUGAGCUCAACUCUUACACUGGCAUUCCCCUCGAAAAGAUUGUCAUUGGCAAGCCUCUCGAUUCGAGUGCUGCCGACAAUGGCUUCAUGAGCGCUGCCGAUCUCGCGGUGUGUGUCGCCGAGGCCAUUGUGAAGGGGUGGAACGGCGGUGUCAUGUUCUGGGAGUGGACAUCGGAGGCGCCAUCCGUGAUGGCGACUGUCAGAGGCUAGACGGCUUUGAUCGACGACAGCCACGAAUCCACGACCACGACAUGACUUGACGAACCACACGCCCCUUUCCUUUGUGUUGUAUGGAAUACUUUGCCUUGCUGUCUUGAACCGACGCAGUCUUCUUUCUUAUAUUUGUUUCUCAUCUUCAGAGGUCUUUCGGUGUUUAUCAUUACUUAUAUACCUUCCAUCAUCUAGUACGUCGAGGUCGCCUGUGGUCGUAUCUUGGGUUACUCUUGCCGCGAGUCGGGAAAUGCUGGAAGCGCUGUGUCUGUCUCCUGGCGGGGCAUGCCCGGUGUGAGCGAGCUGGAAUCGUAUGCAUAGAACUUGACGCUCCCCCGAUGCAUGCUGCUGCCC